GUUCGUUCGUGCAUAGAAGCCGUGAAAUUAAAUUAUCUCAAAACUUGUAAUGAAGUAAUCUUGCUAGAGAUAAUUUUCAUAAACAUUAUAAUAUGUUGUUUAUAUAAUUUAAAGUUCGAUUAGUAACAUUUUAUUUUAACACAUGAAAUCGCUGAAUUCAAUGAACACAUUUUUGAUAAGACAACAACAAAAUGGCAUUGACAGUCGAAGAUUAACGAUCGAAAGAGGUCACUGCAUGAGCGUACGGCAUGUUUGAUUUUUAACUACUACAAAAACAUUUAAUUUCAUAAGGUUUAUCCAAGCUAAUAGAAAAUAAUGGCCAAGAAAAGGAAGGCCGGCACUAAAGCCGGCACUAGGCGUUCUACUAGGCGCGGGAAACAGGCUGAACAAGAAAAUAACUCAUUGAAUGCAGCUGCUUCAUCUACCACAUCAGAACCCAGCUCGGAUUUACAAUCUAAUGCAGAUCCUUCUUCCGAGUCUACAGUACCAUCGUCAGAUGCUUCAGAAUUGCAUCCCGAAACUGCUAAAAUUGAUCCAACACAGUCAUGCCCAACAAACAUUCAGCCUGUAGUUGCUCUUCAUAAAAAGUUUGGUAAAUACCGUUGUUUAUUUAAUAAUGAUGAUGUGUUCAGUAGGAAAUAUGAAAAUUGUUCUGAUAGUGAAACUAACAGUAGUAUAGAUAUUAAAGUACAGGAACUUUGCUGUGGUUCAGAAUCAGAUUCUAACAUGGCAGUAGAAAGACAAAGUGAGGCAAGUCCUCAGAAUAUCCCAGAGCCAAAUUGUCCUAUAAGUGAAAACUCACAAUCACACACUCAAGAAAUUAAUUUGCUGAGUGAAUCUGAUAUUUCAAUGGACACCCAUAAUGACCAUAAAGGUGUAGAAGUAGAAAAUAACACUGAAGAGAUUCAAAAUGAAAAUCAAGUUCAUGAAAUCCCAAGUGAUCAAGUUACGGAACCAUCAAUGGAUCUCAACAACUAUGAAGAUGAUGAGGUUAUCACUAUUGUCCAAAUUGUAGAAGAUGAUAACCAAGACAUGUAUUAUGACAUAAACAUUGAAAAUGCAAAUGAAACAAACAUGCAGAGUGAACAAUCAAGUGAGCCAGGUGAUACCAAAAAGGAGAAUGAUAUAGGAAAAGACUUUGCCAAACUGAAUUUGCUCCAAGAUGAUUCCUCUCCUUAUUCACCAUCUGAUCGUCUCUUGUUUGAUAUGUGUAAUACUGAAGUUCAAACAUUGAGCAGGCCAGAUCCAUGUCUAACACCUAGCUCUACUCUCUCUGAUGAUAGCAACUCAUCAAGAGCUACUGAAGUCAAUCAGGCUAACUCCAAUGACUCCUCGGAAUCCUCACCAACGGGUGUUCGCAGAUCGAGUCGCAUAAAAACUAUUAGCAACUUAAAACAAAAGACCAAAGGCUAUGGACUAGUUAAGACGCCAUUGAAAAAGGCUCUCAUAACACAAACUAAACUAAAACUAGAAGAAAUUGCUGAAAAUCAGGAAAAGUCUUCUGAUGGUCUAUUGAAUAACCCACCAUGCUUGUCUCCUUUCCCAAUACCCUCAGAUAUGCCUGUUAAAGUAAAAUCCCGAUGGCGAAGAUCAAGUGAAUUGGAGAUGGGAACUACUUCUCCUGCGAUAUCUCCACUUGCCAGUCCAAGCCUUCCACAUAAGUUACCAGUGCUCGAUGAAAACCCACCAGUAGAAGAAGAUAUCCCUUCUGAACCAUUGAGUAAAGAGGCAUAUGAUAAAAUAAUCGAAGAGAGGAUGAAUCAGUUUCAACAUUUAGAAGAAAAUGAGUACUUGUGUGAGCGUAUGAUAAGUAAAGAAACAAAGAAAAUGAUCUGUGAUUGCUUCAUGACUAAAGAAGAACUUGAACGGGGAGAGUUAGCCUGUGGUGAAGACUGUCUUAAUAGAUUGCUGAUGAUUGAAUGUAAUUCAAGAUGUCCAGUAGGAGAUAGAUGUACAAACAGAAGAUUCCAAAAGAAACAACUGGCACCAUUACGAGUUUUCUAUGCUGACAAAAAAGGUUGUGGUGUUGAAGCCAGUGAAGAUAUACCAGCUGGCGAAUUUUUAAUGGAAUAUGUUGGUGAAGUCCUUGAUAGUGAACAAUUUUAUAAACGUGCCCAGGCUUACUCGGACGAAAAUAACCUGCACCAUUACUUCAUGUCACUGAAAGGAGACACCGUCAUUGAUGCUACACUCAAAGGAAAUAUUUCCCGAUUCAUUAACCAUUCCUGUGAGCCAAAUGCUGAAACUCAAAAGUGGACUGUUAAUGGGGAACUGAGAAUAGGUUUCUUCACUAAGAGAGAUAUUCCAGCCGGUGAAGAAAUCACCUUUGACUAUCAGUUCCAGAGGUUUGGCAAGGAGGCCCAACGCUGCUACUGCGGGGCUGAGAACUGUCGCGGGUGGAUCGGCGCUGAACCUGAUUCUGAAGAUGAGGAAGACGAGGAGGAAGAUGUUUCAACUUCCAAAUCGGACACAACAUUAUUAUCAGAACAGGACACAGCCUCUGAAAAUACAACAGCUCCGAGGCGAGUACCUGCCAAGGCUAAGAGGGAACGCAAGUAUAAGUCAAAGAAACCAGAGCUGGGACUUGAUGCUGAUAUGGAAGAAGAACUGGAGGCUCUGGCCCGCACCGGCGUGAAAAACCAGAGUCAUACGUUGCGUCUGUCGCGGACGGUGGUGCGUGCGCGAGCGCGGCCCUCGCAGGUUGCGCUGCUGCGGCUGCUGCGCGACGCCGACCUGCCCUGCCGCAGGCUGUUUCUCGACUACCGCGGCUUGCGCCUCCUCGCGCCUUGGUGCUCCGACGCCCCGCUUGACUUUAGAUACGAGAUGUUGUUGACUGUUGAUCGCUUACCAAUUCCCAACAAGACCAUGGUCCAUGAGAGCCGGUUCUUCACAAUAGUGGAGAAAUGGCUUAGCUCCAGUGAUAUACAGACAUCAGAACCCGUCUUUAUUGAUGAGGCAACAGGUUUGCCGCUAGAGCUACCAAAUUCACAAGUGAUAGCAGAAAAGGCUAAAGAGAACUCGGCCAUCUUGCAAAAAGUUAAAGAUCUUUCAGGGCAGCUGCUCGAAAGAUGGUCUAGUCUAAAGGAAGUGUUCAAAAUACCAAAGAAAGAGAGAAUACAGCAAAUGAAGGAGCAUGAACGUCAAGCUAACGUGGAGCGACGCGCGGCCGAUUCCAGCGGGUCGAGAGACCGUGAUCGCGACCGCAGGGAUGAGCGCGAACGUGACCGCGAGCGUGAUCGCGACCGAGACCGGCGAGACGAACGUGACAGAGAUCGCGAACGUGAUCGCGACAGGGAGCGGGAUCGAGAGCGCGAGCGGGACAAAAAACGCGACAGAGAACGGGAUAGAGAAAGAGAUAGGGAAAGGGACGAACGUGACAGGCGGAAGAGAAGAGGAAGUCCCGAGGGGCGACGAAGUAUCAGACUGAACGAGCGUGUGCUAGCGGCGGUGCCACCUAUGAGCAAGGAGGAGCGGCGUCGCGCGUUCGCUGAAGCGGCGGAGGCGGCUGAUGCGGCGCGGCGUGCGCCCGUCCCGCCCGGCCCCGCCACGCCCAUGCCGCAGCAUGGCUGGCCGCCAUACUGGCCGCAGGACUUCUCGCAGAUAUUUCCACAAGGCAUGAUGGGUAAUGCCCCAAAUAUGAUGAACGGACCCAACAUGAUAGGUGGACCUCAAAACAUGCUGGGUGGCAUGAGUGGCCAGAUGCCCAACAUGUCAGGAAUGAUGCCCAUGCCAUCUGAAGUACCUCCGGAGUGGAUAGGGCCGAAUGGCGAAUAUCAGGGCCCUCCAGGAUUCUGUCCACCCUUCAAUGGACCCCAACAAUUUUGUAUGCCGCAGCCCAAUAUGAUGGGUAUGAGCGGUUUCGGCAUGGGCGGGUUUAUGUUCGGGCAGCAGAUGGGCCCCGGCUUCCCCGCGCCGCCCGCCGCCGCGCCCGCCGCUACGCCCGCGCCCGGCCCCGCCUCCGCUCAAGCUGACGUGCAGCUGCAGGAGGCGAGCUCGGAGGAGGUGGUGCUGCCGUCGAUGUGGCGCAGCGCGGUGGACGAGCGCGGCCGCCGGUACUACUACCACGUCAAGCUGCGCCAGCCGCAGUGGGAGCCGCCACCGCCGCCGCCAGACGAGAGUGAAUCUGAGGAGGAGGCAGAAGCGCUGCCUGCUUUAGACACUGCUGUAGUACAACGCAAGUCUAAGGGCAAACUCGUCGAGGGAGUCAACGGAGUAUACGAAGUGAUCAAAGAAGACCCUCGCAAUGGUUUGAUCCCGGACCACGCGCUCGUCAAUUUGAAGCCGAGAAAACGAAGACCCGGGCUAGUCACAGAAAGACCGAUUAGUCCUCGAACGGAAGAGGACAAGUUGGCUGGGCGACUCGAGGUGAAGCGGUACAAACAGACCAAGGAGAAGCUGCGGCGGCGGCGCGAGAAACUGCUGCAGCGAGCGCGACGCAUCAAUCCGCAACAUCUCAAGUUCGCGGACCUGGUGGACUCUGACUCGGGGAGCUCUGAGUCGGAAACUGCGGCGGCGUCGCCGGACGUGGACGAGGCGCGGCGCAUCAAGGAGCAGUUCCGCAGCGGCAUGGCGCGGGUGAUGGUGCAGCACCUCAACCCCUACCGCCGUGCCGACGCCCCCGUCGCCCGCAUCACCAGCACCGCUGAUUUCAAACACCUCGCGCGCAAGCUCACACACUUUGUGAUGCUGAAAGAGCUGAAGCACUGCCGUAGCGUGGAGGAGCUGGUGGUGACGGACUCGGUGCGCUCCAAGGCCAAGAUGUUUGUCAAGAAGUACAUGAUGAAGUUCGGGCCGGUGUACAAGCCGCCGCCCGACGAGGCCGACUAGUACGAUCUCAACCGGCUCAAGGCCGCCAUAUGGAACACCCUCGGUUGAUAACGUGAAUACUAUCGGAUGACCACGUGAAUAUCUGAUCAAGUGAACACUUUCGGUUGGCCACGUGAAUAUCUGAUCAAGUGAACACUUUCGGUUGGCCACGUGAAUACUCUCGGUCGAUCACGUGAAACUCUUGGUAGAUGCAAGACAAACCAUUUAUUAUCCGAGGGUAUACAAUUUAAGGUCACAUCUGGAUUCAGGAUCUGGAUUCAACCACCGCAGAAGACGUAAGGGUAUGUGGAUUUGCAUUUCAAACGACUCAGACUCUUAGGUGUAGGAGAGAUAUAGUUUCGUAUAGAAUAUGAGUGUAAGCAAAUGAUGUCCCACGUGUAAAUAUGAAGUCAAUUAUGUUGUAUGUGACUCCAGUAAUUGCAGAGUAUCGUGCGGUGACCAAAAAGUGUUAUUUAUAAUAUUGAAGUGAUUUUCUUCUGAAGUAAAUGAGUUUAAGUUAUAUGGUAAUGCCACAAUAUUGAUUUGCGACGACGCAACGUAAUAAUGCAUUGAUAUACCUACAAUACAGUGUGGCUGUCCCAACGCUGUAAUUGCAAUAAGCUGUCGCAACGCAGUAUUGGGGUCUAGUUUUGAAACUUGAAAAUAUAGUUAAUGUUUGUGCACAGUGUUGUUCAUGCAGUUGCUAAAACGAUGUUCCUCGACAGUUAGUAUUAAUCAUCAAGUGCAUCUUAGUUUAGUACUGCAACCAAGUCAGAGUUAAUGUCGAACAGAUAUUUGUAGCAAUUCCCAAAAAAAUUAAUGUUCCUUUUAUCAGAAGUUUGUUCCAAAUAACUUUUUAUUUAACUAUUUUUUUAUUGUUUCUGUUGUUUCUUAUGACGGUGUAAAAUACUUUGUUUAAUAUUAUGAUUAUGGAGUAUGUUUUACUAUAUCAGCCAGUUCUUGACCAAGCUACCGAUGUGUAUUUAUGUUGGUCUUCGGAAUUUUAUUUAAUUUAAAUCCUAAGUAUUAUACCUACUGAUGCUACUUUAUAUAUUUUAACACGGCCUCUAAUGAAAUCGACUCUCGAAUGCUUAUUUAAGCGUGUAACUACAGUAUUAUGUUAUUGACUUGAAGGUGCCUACGCGCAUUAAGGCUGAGACUUUGUGUUUUCAUUACAGCAAAUUGCAAGAAUGUCACUCAAAAUAUAUUGCCCAUUCAUGGAGAGUUUUGAAAUGUUUUAUUACUAUUUACUAAUGUGGAUAUUAUAAUAAUAUGGAUUAUGGAGUAUUUCUCUGUGAAUAACCGAAGUGCAGUAUGCUGUAAGCGACGCUUAUAAUAUUAUUAUACUCUUGCAAAUAUUUCGUGCAGUGUUUGAUUAUGAAAUAAAUUAAUGUAUUAUGUACGGCUUUAGUAAUAAAUUCAGGUUAGAUUUAAAAGACAUUAGUAAAAAUACAUUACAAUCUGGGAUUGAAUAUUGCAGCAAUUUCUCCUAUCUGCGUUUAUUACUAAGUCAAUCUUGUAAAUAUUGUAAAUAAAAGUUAUGGAGUAAUUUGAUUCGAUUGAUCAAAUGAAUGCUUACUUGUUGUGGAGCGAGUGGCAGGGAUUUGUUGUAUACUGUUGACGAAUGAAAUCGAACACGUCAGAACAAAUAAAUU